AUGAGUGGAAGAAACCCUGGCGCUCCUCCUGGGUUCCCUGGAGCAGGUAAAAGACCGAAUGGCGGACCGCCUCCUCCUCCACCACCGCCAGGAGGGGCUGGUGUAAAGAGAAAACCUGGUACUGGGGGUCUGGCACCGCCACCUCCUCCUCCACCGUCAGGAGGAAAGAGAAGAACUGCAAAUGGAAGUCAUCCUCCACCUCCACCACCUCCUCCUUCUCGUCCACCUCCAGCAGAAAAGAGAGAAGAGGAGCGAAGACUGCGGGCUUUGGAGAGAAAGCGCAAAUGGCAGCAGCUUCAAAAACAAAAGUAUGGUGCCAAACAGGGCAAAGCUACGUUUGUUCACUCUACAAAAGUCGAUAUGCCUCCUGAACAUCUACGGAAGAUUAUUCGAGAUCAUGGCGAUUUGUCCACAAAGAGAGUCGCUGCGGAUAAGAGAUCUUAUUUAGGAGCGCUGAAGUUCAUUCCUCAUGCGGUCGUCAAACUCAUGGAGAAUAUGCCUCAGCCAUGGGAGCAGGUUCGUGAAGUUAAAGUUCUUUAUCAUAUCACUGGUGCCAUCACAUUUGUAAACGAAGUGCCAAGAGUCAUUGAACCUGUAUAUACAGCUCAGUGGGCUACAAUGUGGACGAUGAUGAGACGUGAGAAGCGAGAUAGACGUCAUUUUAAACGAAUGCGGUUUCCUCCGUUUGACGACGAAGAACCUCCUAUUAGUUGGAGUGAGAAUAUCGAAAUAGCUGAACCUGGCGAUGCUAUUCAGAUGGAAUUGGAUCAAGAGGAAGAUAGUCCUGUGUAUGAAUGGUUCUAUGAUCACCGUCCACUGAUCGAAGAUCCAAAAUAUGUUCCUGGUCCGGCGUAUAAGAAAUGGAAUUUAGAGCUGCCCCAAAUGGCUAACUUAUAUCGGUUGGCCAGUCCAUUAGUUGCUGAUAUUGCAACUCGAAACGACUUGUAUUUAUUUGACAAAAAGUCUUUUUUCACCGCCAAAGCCCUGAAUACCGCCAUUCCUGGUGGUCCUAAAUUCGAGCCUCUUUAUAAGGAUGUUGAUGAAGACAAUGAAGAUUUUGGCGAGUUCAAUGCCAUUGACAGAAUCAUCUUUCGAAAUCCUAUUCGUACCGAGUACAAAAUUGCAUUCCCUCAUUUAUACAACUCAUUACCUCGAUCUGUGCAGAUUGAUUGGUACCACGACCCACAGGAUGUUCAUAUAAAAACCGAAGAUCCUGAUCUUCCUGCUUAUUACUACGACCCAGCCAUUAAUCCUAUCACCGCCAGAAGACGAGAGAUUGAUGAACAAGAAGCAGAUGAUUUGAUUCUUGACGACGAUCUGGAAGAGGAGGAAGAAGAGGAAGAAGAGGAAGAAAAGGAAGGAGAGCAACGUUCGACUGGAUUCACUCUAGGUGACGAUUUUGAAACCUUUUUGGAGAAUGUCCCACUGACGACGGACAAUACCAGUCAUGCUAUUGCUCUAUGGUGGGCACCAUUCCCUUUCAACCGACGUAGUGGUACAAUGGUCAGAGCACAGGACGUAGCUCUAGUAAAAAAUUGGUAUGUCCAGCAUGCUCCAGAUGGAAAUCCUGUUAAAGUCAGGGUGUCCUAUCAGAAACUUCUUAAAACAUACGUUCUGAACGCACUCAAGACGAAACCUCCCAGCAACCAGAAAAAACGGUACCUGUUAAAGAGUCUGAAGAACACAAAGUUCUUCCAGCAAACGACAAUCGACUGGGUUGAAGCCGGAUUACAGCUAUGUCGUCAAGGUUUCACAAUGCUCAAUCUACUAAUUCACAGAAAGGGUCUAACAUAUCUUCAUUUGGAUUACAAUUUCAACUUGAAACCAAUCAAAACUCUAACUACCAAAGAGCGUAAGCGAUCGAGAUUUGGUAAUGCAUUCCAUUUGAUGAGAGAAAUCCUCAGGGUCGUCAAGUUGAUUGUCGAUGCUCAUGUCCAGUAUCGGUUGGGUAAUGUCGAUGCCUACCAGCUGGCAGAUGGUCUUCACUACACACUCAACCAUUUGGGCCAGCUGACCGGUAUAUACAGAUACAAGUACAAAGUGAUGCACCAGAUUCGUACUUGUAAAGAUCUCAAGCACGUCAUCUACUACCGAUUCAACUCUGUCAUUGGUAAGGGACCCGGAUGUGGUUUCUGGCAACCUGCCUGGAGAGUUUGGCUCUUCUUCCUGAGAGGUACAAUACCUUUAUUAGAAAGAUGGCUAGGUAACUUACUAGCUCGUCAAUUCGAGGGUCGUCAUUCAAAGGCAGUUGCUAAGACAAUUACAAAACAAAGAGUCGAGUCUUAUUACGACCUGGAACUACGUGCUUCUGUGCUCAAUGAUAUCUUGGAUAUGAUUCCCGAGGGAAUUAAACAGAAUAAAGCAAAGACAAUUAUUCAGCAUCUUAGUGAAGCAUGGAGGUGUUGGAAAGCUAAUAUUCCAUGGAAAGUACCUGGUCUGCCUGCUCCAAUUGAAAACAUUAUUCUUCGUUAUGUCAAGGCAAAGGCAGAUGGUUGGAUCUCAGUGGCUCACUAUAAUCGAGAACGAAUCAAGCGAGGCACAACUGUUGAAAAAACUGUUGCUAAGAAGAAUUUGGGCAGACUGACUCGUUUAUGGCUAAAGUCAGAACAAGAGCGUCAACACAACUUUUCAAAGGAUGGUCCUUAUGUAGCUCCUGAAGAUGCUGUGGCCAUUUUCUCUACCAUGGUUCACUGGCUGGAGAGCCGCAAGUUUUCGCCUAUUCCAUUUCCUCCCCUGAGUUAUAAGCAUGAUACUAAAUUGCUGGUACUAGCUCUCGAGGGCCUGAAAGAAUCCUACUCCGUUAAGAACAGAUUAAACCAGAGCCAGCGUGAAGAAUUAGCAUUGAUUGAACAGGCUUAUGAUAAUCCCCACGAGUGUCUAUCUCGAAUCAAACGGUUUUUGUUGACUCAACGAGUGUUUAAGGAAGUUGGUUUAGAUAUGAUGGACUACUAUAGUCAUAUUCUUCCUGUUUACGAGAUUGAUCCACUGGAAAAGAUUACUGAUGCAUACCUUGAUCAAUAUCUCUGGUACGAGGCUGAUAAACGACACCUGUUCCCCAACUGGAUUAAACCAAGUGAUUCAGAAGUUCCUCCUCUGCUUGUGUAUAAGUGGUGUCAAGGUAUUAAUAACCUACAGGAUGUCUGGGAUGUUUCUGAGGGUCAAUGUAACGUCAUGCUUCAAACAACUCUCAGUAAAAUGGCAGAGAAGAUAGAUUUCACGCUUCUCAACAGACUGCUGAGACUAAUUGUCGACUCCAAUAUCGCUGAUUAUAUCACGGCCAAGAACAAUGUCGCUUUGUCAUACAAGGACAUGACUCAUGUCAAUCAAUAUGGUUUGAUUCGUGGUUUACAGUUUUCAUCGUUUGUUAUGCAAUACUACGGCUUAGUGCUCGAUUUGCUGCUGCUUGGGUUGCCUCGUGCAAGCGAGUUGGCAGGUCCACCACAACAGCCUAAUGAUUUCCUACAAUUUAAAGAUGAAGAGACCGAAGUCAACCAUCCUAUUCGUUUGUACAUUCGUUACGUGGAUAAAGUGCAUAUUCUUUUCAGAUUCCGGGCAACCGAAGCUCGUGACUUGAUUCAACGGUUCUUGACAGAGAAUCCCGAUCCUAACUUUGAAAAUGUUGUCGGAUACAACAACAAGAAAUGCUGGCCUCGUGAUUCGAGAAUGAGAUUAAUGAGGCACGAUGUUAAUCUUGGCAGAGCUGUGUUUUGGGAAAUGAAGAACCGUCUUCCUCGAUCUCUCACAACUUUUGAAUGGGAAGAUACUUUUGCGUCUGUUUAUAGUCGCGAUAAUCCCAACCUUUUAUUUUCGAUGGUUGGUUUCGAAGUCCGAAUUCUGCCAAAGUCUCGUGUUGAAAAUGAUAUCCAGAUCCGUGAUAGUGUGUGGAAUUUGACAAACGAAGAGACAAAGGAACGUACUGCAUAUGCUUUCUUGCGAGUUACGGACGAAGAUAUCGCUAAAUUCAACAACCGUAUUAGACAGAUUCUCAUGUCAUCUGGUUCCACAACAUUCACAAAAAUUGCCAACAAGUGGAAUACUGCCCUUAUUUCGCUCUUUACUUAUUACCGUGAAGCAGCAGUUGCUAGUGAAAACCUCCUCGAUACGCUGGUUAAAUGUGAAACAAAGAUCCAGACAAGAGUUAAGAUUGGCUUGAAUUCAAAGAUGCCUUCGAGAUUCCCACCUGCUGUCUUCUAUACACCGAAGGAGCUGGGUGGUCUGGGUAUGCUCAGCGCAAGUCAUAUCCUCAUUCCGACAUCGGAUCUCAGAUGGUCAAAACAGACGGAUACUGGUAUAACUCACUUCAGAUCAGGUAUGACCCACCAAGACGAUCAGCUGAUUCCUAAUAUUUUCCGUUAUAUCGCCUCGUGGGAAUCUGAAUUUAUUGAUUCACAAAAUGUUUGGGCAGAGUAUGCCAUGAAACGACAAGAAGCUAGUCAACAAAACCGGCGUCUGACUCUGGAAGAUUUAGAAGAUCGUUGGGACAGAGGUCUACCUCGUAUCAAUACUCUUUUCCAGAAGGAUAGACACACUCUGGCAUAUGACAAAGGACACCGUAUUCGUACUCAGUUUAGACAAUAUUCACUAGCGAAAGUCAAUCCUUUCUGGUGGACAAGUCAAAGACACGAUGGUAAAUUGUGGAAUUUGAAUGCUUAUCGAACCGAUGUCAUUCAGGCAUUGGGUGGUAUUGAAACAAUUCUUGAGCAUACGUUAUUUAAGGGAACUGGUUUCGACAACUGGGAAGGUUUGUUCUGGGAAAAGGCAUCUGGCUUCGAAGAUAGUAUGAAAUUCAAGAAACUGACCAACGCCCAAAGGUCUGGUCUUAAUCAAAUCCCCAAUCGUAGAUUCACAUUAUGGUGGUCGCCCACUAUCAAUCGUGCUAAUGUAUAUGUUGGUUUCCUUGUGCAAUUGGAUUUGACUGGUAUUUUCUUACACGGAAAGAUUCCCACUCUGAAGAUCUCGCUUAUUCAAAUCUUCAGAGCACAUUUGUGGCAAAAGAUCCACGAGAGUAUUAUCUUUGACAUCUGCCAUGUUCUAGAUGCUGAAAUGGACACUCUUCAGAUUGAGAAUGUUAACAAGGAGUCUAUUCACCCCAGAAAGUCGUACAAAAUGAACUCUUCUGCUGCAGACAUUGUUCUUCAUAGUACUUAUAAGUGGAGUGUCAGUGGUCCCUCGCUUCUUAAUGAUAGUAAGGAUGUCAUGGACUUUGCUACCGCUAAUAAAUUCUGGCUGGAUAUCCAAUUGAGAUAUGGAGACUAUGAUUCGCACGACAUUUCGAGAUAUACCCGUGCCAAGUUCCUUGAUUAUACCUCGGAUGGUAUUAGUAUCUACCCUUCUCCAACUGGUGCUAUGAUUGGUGUGGAUCUCGCUUAUAAUAUGUAUGAUGCUUAUGGUAAUUGGUUCCCAGGUCUCAAGCCUUUGAUGCAACAGGCCAUGUCGAAGAUUAUGAAGGCCAAUCCAGCUCUUUUCGUUCUUCGUGAGCGUAUCAGAAAGGGAUUGCAGCUGUAUCAAUCACAACCACAAGAGGCAUUCCUCAAUUCCAAUAACUACUCGGAACUGUUUGGCAAAGACGUCCAAUUCUUUAUCGACGACAGUAACGUCUAUCGUGUUACUGUUCACAAGACAUUUGAGGGUAAUCUCACCACCAAGCCUAUUAAUGGUGCCAUUUUUAUUUUCAACCCACGAACUGGUAAGUAA